AUGCCACCGAUAUUGCCUCGAGGAGGCCGUCAGCGGCACUCCAAGUCGCGCAGUGGCUGUAGAAGUUGCAAGGAUCGCAAGGUCAAGUGUGGCGAGGAGCGGCCGUCGUGCCAGAACUGUCAACGGCGUGGCAUCUCGUGCAGCUUCACCAGCACGGCAGCCCGCCUGCCGCUGGCAAGAGCACUCCCCAUCCUUGCGGCCGAUGCCGCCGGCAACAGCAGCAACAGCACGGGUAGCUUUGCUGUGCUCGAUCUCGAGCUCCUUCAUCACUACACCGUUUCCACCGCCGCCACCCUCUCGUCCGAGCCCAUUGUCCGCAGCUGGUUCCAGGUCGAGGUCCCGCAACUGGCAUUCACGCACCCAUUUGUGCUCUCCUCGGUCCUGGCCCUCGCAGCCUCUCACCUCGCGCACUUCCGCCCAGAAGCCCGUCGCCGCUACGCCACGGAGGCCGCCGCACGCCACACGGUGGCCACUUCCCUGGCCAGCCCCUUGCUCUCCAAAAUCACGGCUUCCAACGCCGUGCCGCUGUACUGCUUCAGUAUCCUGACGUUGUUCAUCUCCUUUGCCAGCCGCCGUGAGGACGAGGAGCUGUUUUCACGCAACGACAGCGUCGUCCCGAGCUGGCUCAAUCUCUUUCGCGGCGUGCGAACUGUCCUCGAGUCCAACAACCGCCACAUCCUCACAUCAAAGAUUGCGUUCCUCUUCGGGACCAGCACCACCGUCAACAAGAAGUGGGACUCACAUCAAUCAGAGCCCGAAGCGCUCGAGGACUUUCGAACAUACAUAGUAGCAUCGGCAACCACGACCAACGCCACCCUGGCCACCACGGCAGCUCAUCGCAGCAUUGAAACACUCACCGAAGAGCAAUCAAACUACAUCCUUGAGGCCCUCGUAGACCUCAAGCGGGCCUAUUACGCCUUCUACGGCUCCACAUACUCCUCCACCGCCACGGCCACCUCCAACAACAACGCUGCCAGUAAUAACCCCGAUGGCAGUUCUACCGACGAGGCCAAGACCCGCAGCAUCUUCACGUGGAUGUACAAGCUCUCGGACGGCUAUGUCAGCAUGCUGCGCGCGCGGCAGCCGGACGCGCUGUGCUUGCUCGCCUUCUUCGGUGUGCUGCUGCAUCGCCUCGAACACAAGUGGUGGCUUCGGGGCUGGGGCGUGCACCUCGUCUCGCGAAUCCAUGCGGCCGUCAACGAUGCGCAUCGCUUCUGGCUCAGGUGGCCGAUUUUGGAGAUCGGUUGGAUUCCGCCGGUCGCCACGGAACCAUGAGACAAGAAUAACAGCCGAGGGAUGUGCAGGCAGAUCGUCGUGGUCGUCGAAGGGGGGCCGAACCCAGAUUCUGGUGUUAAUUAGUCUAGACCGCGCUCUCGAAAAAAAUCAAUCAGAAGGUGCGGCGCGGGACUAGGAUGGCAGACUUCCUAUGCUUGAUGAGAGCCCGAAUC